AUGUCUUCGCAAGCGAAUGAGCCGGCGCAACUGGCAGCCUCGCUGUUCAGUGUCAAUGGGAUCGUUGCACUCGUAACUGGAGGGGGGUCUGGUAUUGGCCUGAUGAUAGCCAAAGCAUUAGCGAGCAACGGGGCCGCCAAGGUCUACAUUGCAGGGAGGCGCUUGGAUACACUACGACAAGCUGCUACCAGCAUCGGACCAAAUGCGGCCGUCAUACAGUGCGAUGUCACGUCCAAGGACAGCCUGAAGGCGGCAGUCGAGCACGUCGAGAAUGAUGCUGGAUAUCUGAACUUGCUGGUCUGCAACUCCGGCAUCUCUGGCCCACAGGUGACAAAAAUAACGGCGGACAUGUCGCUGGAGCAAUUUGCCGACGAGAACUUCAACAUUGACGCCUCCGAGUUCACGCAGACAUUUGCUGUCAACACGACGGCUGUCUGGUACACGGCGAUGGCUUUCCUGAAGUUGUUGAACAAGGGCAAUGAGAAGAAAAACUUGCACCAGUCGUCGCAGAUUGUCGUAGUCAGUUCCAUUGCUGGUUUUAACAAGAAGCAGACAGGAGGGUACGCCUAUGGUCAGUCCAAGGCAGCGGCCACUCACGCCACCAAAAUGCUGUCGGUCGCGCUGUCGCAGUGGCAUAUCAGGGCCAACUGCAUCGCGCCUGGAAUAUUCCCGAGCGAAAUGACGGACACCGUUAUCAAACCGUUCAAGGACGGAUCCACAGGCCAAUACAUUGAUGUGCCUGAGAGCGUGGUGCCACUCGGCAGGCUGGGUGCUACAACGGACAUGGCUGGAACUGUGCUGUACCUUGCGUCCGUAGCAGGGGCCUACUGCAACGGAGUCGCUGUCGUGUUGGACGGCGGUCGACUGGGAACAUUCCCUUCCGUCAACUGA